AUGAACACUCUCCCGCAACGUUUUGGGAUACCGGUGCACUCCGAGCACUCGGUAGUCGAGCACCCGGUAGGUGAGAACCAGGCUUGCAUUAAGCGUACUACGGUGGUUUGGGUAGAUGUAGGUGAACCCCAGUUGCAAUCCAAUAAGUUCACAGAAUGGUGUUUCCGAGCUGGUUUUAAUGAGUUUGAACCCGUUCGGAGUUUUGAUGUCCCGCAUGAUGGAGUCGGAGAUUGGGAUCCGUCGGCCGUUCCUCCUCCUGAUGGUGAGCUGACUAGUGCUGAGACGGGCCCUGUGAAGUCAGGCCCUGCACCUGCACCUGCACCUGUACCUGCACCUGCACCCAUGGACCCUGAGCCUAUGGAGGUCGAGCCCGACCUAGAACCCGAGGAGUCACACCAGGAGGCGGUCCCUGUGGAGCCGGAGGUUGAGCAUGAGCUGACUGAAGAGUUUGAAGACCCCAAAGGAAAGUACGAGGAGCCUAAAGAAGAGUUUGAAGAAGAGCCUGAAGAAGAAGAACUCGAGGAAGAACCGCCGAUUGAGGUCCCAUCAGAGUCGGGAUCCGAGGAUAACCCGAUUGAGAUUAAGGCUGACCCCGAGUGGACACCUUCUAGGUCUCAUAGGGGUUAG